AUGCUGGUAAACACUUCCUGUCCCGUGGUUGGGGCCAUUUGAGGCUCGCCGCAGCGUGGUGACCAAAACGUUAAGCAACGCUUGACAGAGCAUCCACAUAAAAAGACCCACUGGCAAUCCUGUUGUUUAGUUUUUUUGUAUUUUAACUUGGAUCAUUCUCUUUCGUUUUAUCCCACUUCUUAGACAGAAUAACUUGUAACAAAGUAAUAUAUGACUUUGCUAAGUAAUUAAUUGAUUCAUAUGUUGUGUGAUAAUUGCAACAGUAUGUUGUUUAUCACCACUUUGGUGAUGUCCACUUUGAUCAUUUUCAAUCCUUCAAAACAUGCAUCCCCAUAGGCUAUGACUGUUUCCCAAGCAGGCCUGUUUUAUGUGAGCUUCCCUGACUGUUCUGUGGGUCAUUAAGAUUGAACAGAUACCUGCUCUCCGUCUGUCAUUAUUAAUGACAGGCCCCAGCUCUACUAAAGACGUGUCCACUUUUAAUUAUCACAGCCCAUGUCUUUUAAAUAUCAAAUUCCUCUCUCUCUCUCUCUCUCUCUCUCUCUCUCUCUCUCUCUCCUCUCUCUCUCUCUCUCUCUCUCUCUCUCUCUCUCUCUCUCUCUCUCUCUCUCUCUCUCUCUCUCUCUCUCUCUCUCUCUCUCGUCUCGUCUGUCACUGUAAAUGUCAUCACUUUAUUCCUCCGUUGGCGACCGUGACAGGCCCCACUUUCAGCCCGGCUUUCUCUCCCUCCAUCCUUUCUUCCACUACAAAGAUCCCCUCUUUUUUUAAUCCUUCGCUGCUGUAUCCGCUUUCUACACGUGGCACAUGAUUGCCCGGGUAAAGGUAUUUUCUGUUUCAAUCUUACAUUUUCCCAAGGGGGAACAAAAGGGACAAGCAUUCUGCAGCUGGUUUCACUGAGGAAAUUGUUCAGAAUUGCCUCAUUCCUCGGCAGAUUAGCGAAUGCAUACAAUCCCCUUCUAAAUGCUAUUGUGCUCCACAAUCUGGGCAUUAUACUUUGUCUUUAGCACUUAGAGAGAACCCCUAACCAAUUAAAGUAAUACAGGCUUCCAAUACCUGCUCCCAAUUAAAUCGGGGCGGUAUUACCUGCCUUGAUAGAGCGGGCCAUGGAUCCCUAACACUUACUAGCAUUCAUUAGGUCUAUUCAUGGUGAAGGAGCUGAUGACAAGAAUUCAAGGCUCUCCCCUCCCUCCCUUUCCCCCGCUCCCUCUCCAUCCUCCUUUCUCUCUGUCACUCUCUCUCAUGACCAGAGAUGCCCGCCCCUCACUCCAAGGACUCAGUAGAAUUGGCCGGGGAAUAGAGGGGAAGGAUUGUCAGCUGGUGACACUUUUUAUAUCCUUUUCUCUUUUCUUGGACAUUUCUUCCCGCCUGCCCUCGGCUUUGUCUCACAGGUAGCCAGGUUUUUCACAGCUCAUUGUGCCUUUUUUAAACCAUUGGUCCAUGCAGCUUGCUUGGCACCCUUUUAAAGCCCAGGACCCACAAAGAGAAGCCUUGUUCAGGCCACUGACUCGAUUGACAAAUUCACAGUGUUAAAAGUCUACAAAAGACCGAGUUUGGUGUCGCUGGAGGGGAAGCCGUCAAUCUGGCAAUACGGCCGUCCUAACCUCAGAAACCACUACUUCUCUGUUUUACCAGUUCAGAAAAUUGUCUAUCUAUCUAUUGUUGGAUGUAUACCUCAGUUAAGGAGACAGUGGAGAGGACCAUUUUAUUCCUCUGAUUUGUCUGUGUCACACCGCAUGACACUGCUCUUAGAAUUGCCCAAAUAGUAGAAGUAAGAAUAUGUAGGUUUGACAAUACAACAAACCCUCCAAAUGGACACUGACAUUCACCGACGUUUCUAAGCCUCAAAAUACUUACAAAUAGGAGAAUUUUGAAUAUGUCCUCAUACAAGAAAACAGAUUUUAAACAGACCUGGUAUUCUGCUACAGCCUACUGUACUGUAGUCAUAGUGACAGUCCAUCUGACAGCAGGUCAUUAUACCGUACGGGGGAGGCAGGAAGGUUUUCAGUUGAAAGUGAGUGACACUGUCUGAGUUCUCUAGAGAGGAAACCCCUGGGUAUCCUAACUUACUGACCGACUGACAGACAGACAGACAGACAGACAGACAGACAGACAGACAGACAGACAGACAGACAGACAGACAGACAGACAGACAGACAGACAGACAGACAGACAGACAGACAGACAGACAGACAGACAGACAGACAGACAGACAGAGACAGACAGACAGACAGACAGACAGACAGGAGAAAUCACAUCAACUCUCACUCCAGCCUCACAGGAGUACCACAAAACCACAAUAACACCUCAUUGGAAGGUCUGUGUCAGGGUUGAGUGUAGAGGUAACGUGGAAUCACACGCAGGACACACAGAGAUUCGAAACAGAUGUCUUUAGUGAAGUCCGAAAAUACAAGCCAAACACGGCAACAGGCCACAGGCGAAACAUACGCACACUGGUAAGAACCAAAGUAAAUGCGCACAACGUGCAGGACUCUCUCAAACAAAACGAAAUACAGAGAGCACAGAACAGCGAACCAACUACAACACGUGACAUCGAACAAUUACACACAACACCUGACCAAACACAAGAGAACUAAAUAGGACGCAUAAUGAACACUUAACAAUGAACAGGUGUAACAAACAGACAAAACCAAUCAAACAUAGAAACAUAGAACGGUGGCAGCUAGUACUCCGGAGACGACGACCGCCGAAGCCUGCCCGAACAAGGAGAAGGAGCAGCCUCGGCCGAAACCGUGACAGUCUGCUUUCAAACGGCUUAUAAAUAUUUUAUAGAUUUUUUUACAUUAUUCAAAUCAAGUAAAUAUGUGUAUGUAUAAAGUGUGUUUUUCAUGAUUUGUAGAGAGUAUAACACUGUACAUUAAAUGGUCCAUUAUUAUAUAGUUAGUUGACUAUUAAAUCUAUUUAAUGCAUGUUUACAGUCGGUUGUUCAAGUCCUGCAUUAAAUUAUUCAUACAUAAUGAUUUAUAUUAUUUAUACAGUGUAAUACUAUUACUGAUAUUACUUCUCAUACUGACAAUACAUAUGAGUAAGUGUGACUUGUAGUUUGAUCAUGCUAAGCAGUUUAUAUGCUGACCUUCCGAUGUUACCAACAUCACCACUAACAACAGCUUCUGUUCAAAAGAGUUCCACUUCAUAGAAACAUCACUGGACUCUAUCUCCUGAUCAGGCAACUAUGUAGCAACACACACACACACACACACACACACACACACACACACACACACACACACACACACACACACACACACACACACACACACACACACACACACACACACACACACACACACACACACACACACACACACACACACACACACACACACAAACAAACACACAUCUGACUGAAGUGGGGCUCUGCUCUGCUCUACUCUGCCUGGUGACCUUGGAAAACAGGAAAACACUAGGAUCUCUCCCCUUUGUUAUCAACAAAUCAAAGAUCCAGUUCAAGGUUGUGUUGUUGUUGUUUUCCACUGUCCGUACUAAUAAAACAGUGAGGUGACUGUGACUUCCAUUCACACCUGAUGGUAUUGAAAGAGGGCAUACUUGUAAUUAGUCGACCACUAAUUGCAGCAACUUAACGAAGGGUAUUAAAAGCAGGAGGAUACUUCCCUAAAAGAACCAAGAACCUCCCUCCAUCUCCCCAACCUCCCCUUUCCCUCCCUCUCUCUCGCCUUUCCCCUCUGUCCUGAACAAUACAGGCUACUCACUGUCUGAAGUCUCUGAGAGAGAUGGGAGAUGGGAGAUGGGAGAUGCAUGUGUGCAACCACUUAUGAGAGACAGAGAGAGGAAAGGAACCAGGAGGAGAGAUAACGAAUGGUCUAAAUUCAGAGCACAUGGCUCCAGUCUUAAGUGGAGCUGUACACUACCAGGGGCUACUUGUGGUCACGGUCAUGCAUAGCAGUCAUUAGGAAAGAGGGACAGACAGGAGAGGAGGGAACAGGGACGAGGAUGUAGGUUGUUUACUUACAACCAGAUAUGAUUUAGAAAAAAAUGAAGAAGAAGUUACAUCAGAAGAGUGUCUUGCUGUUCUCAGUGUGUUACUGUAUGUGAAUAUAAAUGAAUGAUCAGUUAUCCCAGUUUACAGCAUGUGAGAGCUUGGAUUAACACCAUGGUUAUAGGGAUUCUGCUAUGAAUAUAUUUACACAUUUUGAUGAAUAUUGAGGCUAAUAUUCAGGCUAUAUAAGUUUUUAAAUGUCCAAAGCAUACACUUACUCAGCUCAGAGGUGAUCAUGAACUAGCAAAAACAUCUCCAUAAUUAGUUCUUCACUAUUUUGAUCUCCCACACUACUCCUCUCCUUCGUCCGCAGAUGUUGGUUAGCGAUUGGUUGGCAUUCACCGAGGACAGUGACCCAGGCCAGGUUUUAAUUAAUUUCACAGACAGUAGCGUGGUGACCCUGUGAAAAAGGACGCAGCACACCCGACUAAUCACCAUGAACCACUGUGACAUCAUUUAUAUACCUGCCAGCCCCAUAGAAAACAGGGGAACCUGGGUAGUUUACCGCCGAUACAAAGCGCCAAUUUAUUACUAUAAGCAAAUGCUAACCUAGGAGUAUUGCCCCCGGCAGAAUUAAUUGGCCCACUCCCUGUCUGUGAAGUGUCUGGCCUUGUUUAAAAAGACAGGCCGCCCCAGAGACUCUCUACACCACUGCACCAAGAGCAGCCCUGCCAUUGGCUGACGGAUAGCCAUGGAAACCCACUGCUCUGCAAACGGAAACCAGGAAGUAAAUGCCACGUAAACACAAUUGGUUGCUCGAUUUCUACUGCUUAUUGUUGCUAAGUUUUUGUACGACUUGUGUUUUUCAUGUUAAUAUUUUCUGUUUAAGGAUUUAACAACAAGGGGUUUGUGUUUUCUGCAGUGUAUCUCAUCAAAAUGUGAAUACUGUAACCCAGCAAUGUACAUUAGAGGAUAGACAAAGGAGGCUUAGCCACUGCUGUGUCAACCAUUUAUUUCAGGCCGUUUAACAAAUAGAGAGGAGGUGUGUGUGUGUGUGUGUGUGUGCAUCAGUGUUUGUGUGUGUGUGUGUGUGUUUAUGUGUGUGUUUGUGUGUCUGUGUUUGUGUGUGUGUGUGUGUGUGUUUGGCAGGUGGUGGGGGGCACACACACUCCACUGCCUGGUCACAGUAAUCAAGGCGUGCAGUGUAGUUUUUAAUGGAGUUCCUGAACAUGGUGACUGUGAUUUCCUGCCAACAUACCCAUCCGAAUGACAUGCUCCACUGUUCACAGCCCAGCAGAGGAACCCAUGGCUUCUACUGGAGGUCACUCACGUGUGGCGCUGCUCGCCCAGAAGAAAAACAAGUGAUUAACACUGUGUGUCUACGGACGUGUCUGUGUGAGUGUGUGCAUGUGUGUUUACGUGUGUAUAUAUAUGUGUGUGUGUGUGUGUGUGUGUGUGGUGUGUGUGUGUGUGUGUGUGUGUGUGUGUGUGUGUGUGUGUGUGUGUAUGUGUGUGUGUGUGUGUGUGUGUGUGUGUGCAUGGGCUGGCCUCCUUCCGCGCACUCUACUGUGACUAAGAAAGUGUGAGUACUUUAGAGAGAGAGAGAGAGAGAGAGAGAGAGAGAGAGAGAGAGAGAGAGAGACAGAGAGAGAAGGGGGAGAGAGAGAGAGGCUCUCUGGUUAAGAGGAGUGCAGGCCAGGCCAGCCGUAUCUGCAGGUCCAUCCACGGUGUCUGCUUUCCCCCGGCCGGGCCAGCUCCUGUACAGGGGCAUAAUUAAUGUGGGUAACAGGUAAAGGGAUACGGAGACGUGGCAUAAGAGCAGCUUUCAGAGCUUUGUGUUGCCCCGUUUCCACGGUGAAAUGGAUCUGCUGCCACUCAGUGCCUCAUUGAAGAGCUAAAAGAGAAGAGGAGGAAAGAAGGGGACAGCUGCCGAGCUAACAGGACACUGACAAUCAACCAGUAACCCCCCUUCCUCCCUUCCCUUCUCUCUCUCUCUCUACCCCUCUUCUCCUCCUCCUCCACCCCCUCCCCACUAGGCUGAGGGCACUGGGCCAAACUGGAGGGUCCUCGGACACUUUCGCUAAUCCCCCCUCUACGCUUUCUAUAAGAAGCCUGUGGAACAUGCACCCUCCCAAGCAUGACUCACCUCCACACACACACACACACACACACACACACACACACACACACACACACACACACACACACGCAAAUGCAUGCAUGCGCACACAUGCACACAGGCACACAAACACACACAAACACUUACACACAUGUACGCACACACACCUCCCCCAGAACUAGAGAGAGAGCCAGACUGGCCACAGGCAGCUGAGGAAAGCAGUUGUAAUUUGCAAAAAUGGGGGUGGAGGGUUGUUGUGUGUGUGUGUGUGUGUGUGUGUGUGUGUGUGUGUGUGUGUGUGUGUGUGUGUGUGUGUGUGUGUGUGUGUGUGAGUGUGUGUGUGUGUGUACGUGCCUGCAAUUGUGUGUGCAUGCGUGUGUGUGUGAGUGCAUAUGUGUGCACGUGUGUGUGUGUGUGUGUGUGUGUGUGUGUGUGUGUGUGUGUGUGUGUGUGCUUGUCAGUGGCUCCUCUCAACCCCUCAAACAUGCACAGACUUGUAGAGGAUCCCCAUUUUAUUUAUAUUUCUCUCCCCCUUCCUGUGAUCCAUCGUUCCCUCCACUCCUCUACUUAUCAUGCAGUGUGUUGCAGCAUGUAGCAGGAGACUGGGGAACUAAACAAGCAGGUGAGGGGGAACAGAGUGGAGGAUAGAGCUAUGGGUCUGUCUGGGAACAGAGUGGAGGAGAGAGCUAUGGGUCUGUCUGGGAACAGAGUAGAGGAGAGAGUUAUGGGUCUGUCUGGGAACAGAGUGGAGGAGAGAGCUAUGGGUCUGUCUGGGAACAGAGUGGAGGAGAGAGCUAUGGGUCUGUCUGGGAACAGAGUGGAGGAGAGAGCUAUGGGUCUGUCUGGGAACAGAGUGGAGGAGAGAGCUAUGGGUCUGUCUGGGAACAGAGUGGAGGAGAGAGCUAUGGGUCUGUCUGGGAACAGAGGGGAGGAGAGAGCUAUGGGUCUGUCUGGGAACAGAGUGGAGGAGAGAGCUAUGGCUCCUCUCAACCCCUCAAACAUGCACAGACUUGUAGAGGAUCCCCAUUUUAUUUAUAUUUCUCUCCCCCUUCCUGUGAUCCAUCGUUCCCUCCACUCCUCUACUUAUCAUGCAGUGUGUUGCAGCAUGUAGCAGGAGACUGGGGAACUAAACAAGCAGGUGAGGGGGAACAGAGUGGAGGAUAGAGCUAUGGGUCUGUCUGGGAACAGAGUGGAGGAGAGAGCUAUGGGUCUGUCUGGGAACAGAGUGGAGGAGAGAGCUAUGGGUCUGUCUGGGAACAGAGUGGAGGAGAGAGCUAUGGGUCUGUCUGGGAACAGAGUGGAGGAGAGAGCUAUGGGUCUGUCUGGGAACAGAGGGGAGGAGAGAGCUAUGGGUCUGUCUGGGAACAGAGUGGAGGAGAGAGCUAUGGGUCUGUCUGGGAACAGAGUAGAGGAGAGAGUUAUGGGUCUGUCUGGGAACGGAGUGGAGGAGAGAGCUAUGGGUCUGUCUGGGAACAGAGCGGAGGAGAGAGCUAUGGGUCUGUCUGGGAACAGUGGAGGAGAGAGCUAA